AAUCUAUAUAACAUAUUAAAUGUGAGGCUUCCCAUACCUAUUGGCAGCAAUAAUUAAAUUGUAAAAACAAAUUUCAUCGAAGCGAGGAGUUCUGAAAGAUGGAAUAAUAGGAGCCGUCGGAUUCGUAGACUUCAAAACGCAGCGUUUUGUCGUACAUGACGGAGACGACGUAACUUACGCGUUGUUAUCCGUCGACUAGGCAAUUUAAUAAUAAUUUCUAAAGAAAAGAUUAUUAAAUAUUACAAAGCCCUUGAAAAUUGGAAUCUCGAUUCUUCUUCUCCUCUCUUCGGGAGUUCCUGAUUUCGCAGAUUCUGCCUUUUCCGGAGGACCAACGCUUUUCUUCCGAGUUGAUUUCGCCAUCGUGUUCUCGCGAUUUCCGAUUUCCUUCUUCUCAAGGCUGUAGCUACUGAUAUUGGGCGGCAAAUUAGAAUGGCGAACGAGUUUGGAGAAUCAACAAGCGUGCCACAUCAAAACCCCUUUUGUUCCAUUAACAGUGACAGCAGCAGCAAUGACACUGGUGAUUUCGAAUGCAAUAUUUGCUUCGAGUUAGCUCAAGAUCCAAUUAUCACUCUUUGCGGCCAUCUCUAUUGCUGGCCCUGUCUGUAUAGAUGGCUGCACUAUCACUCGCAUUCCCAAGAAUGUCCAGUUUGUAAGGCUGUUGUUCAGGAGGAGAAGUUGGUUCCCCUUUAUGGUAGGGGAAAGAUACCAUCUGACCCAAGAUUAACUAGAUAUCCCGGUAUUGACGUUCCCAAUCGCCCUGCUGGGCAAAGGCCUCAAACUGCACCUCCCCCUGUUGCCAAUGACUUUGCAAACUACGGGUUUGGAUUCACUGGUGGGUUUAUGCCAAUGGCAACAGCAAGGAUUGGCAACUUCACUUUGGCUACUGCUUUUGGUGGGCUGAUCCCAUCUUUAUUCAACAUACAGUUUCAUGGAUUUCCUGAUGCUACAGUUUAUGGAACUACUUCUGGUUAUCCCUAUGCUUUCAAUACAUUCCAUGGGGGUCAUGGCCACCAUUUUCCUCAACCGCCAAUUCGAGGUCAGCAUGCUGAUAACGUACUGAAAAACCUCCUUUUGCUUGUUGGUGUCUUUGUAAUUCUUGCCUUGCUUUGGUGGUAAAAUAAUCUUCCAUUUAAGUGGAAAUAGCACAAGUGUAGAGAUUUCAUUUAGUAUUUAAAAGUAGAUUAGUUAAUACUCUGUGAUCAUAUGUAUGGCUUGAUGGUGUUACUUCCUGUGAGGUUCCCAUCAAUUCUUGUUAUUGAUAUCCGCAAGGACUUCUGGAUGUUUCUUUCUUUAGUACAGACGAACCCCAUAUUCACAUCCUGCCACUCCAAACUCCUUUACCUCUCCUCAACUCUAAUUUAUUUCAGCUAAGAUUGCCUACGUCUGGUCCAUAUAAAAUUUCUAUAUUUCCAUGUGACUGUGCAAUGCAUCUCAGCAUCAAAAUUAGUAUAUUUAUCGAGUUGAAGUUAUUCACAUUAAUAGACAUGGCGGCCCUUUUUUGCCUGAA